AUGCGAAUCUUCCAUUUCAGCAACAAGUUUCCUCCAGAUGAUCUCUCGGACCUGUUCCGACGACUACGUUUGCAUUCAAAGUGCCCAAAACAUGUGAUCUUGGCCAGAGUGCUAGAGGAGGUAACAGAUGUCGUGCGGGAGGAAGUCACUCGGCUUCCGGCCGAAUUGCGAAGUCUCUUGCCCCCUUUCCAAUCUAUCCUCGAUCUUGCAGAGAGCUUCAAUUGGCAUCAAGGGCCAUUGUCAGGAACAUUCGAGUGUGUCUUUUUGGUUCUUGUACCGGUAUGCCUGUUUGUUGGAAAUUAUGAGAGUCGGCCAGAUGAAUUCAUCUUCCGCCGACAUACAUCACUGUUUACUGGGCUCGGCCUGGGCUUCUUAGCUGCCACGGCAAUCGUAGCAUCUCCCUCUUUAUGCAACGUGCCAGCCACCGUGGCGGAGGUUGUGCGCAUUGCAAUGAGAACUGGUCUUCUGAUAUAUCAGAGAUCUCAAGACCUCGAACCGCAAGGCCUUAAUGGAGCACUUGAGAGUUGGACAAGCAUUGUGAAAGGUAUGGGCGAGGUAGCUGUACGAGAAGGAAUCGACGAAUACAAUUCAUCCACAGACACUCCACAACCGAGUUCAAUCUACAUCAGUGUAGUUGAGCCUGACGGCAGUAUCUUCAUAAACGGUCCACCGUCUAGGCUGCGCAAAUUCUUUAACGCGUCAGGAAAAGUGCAAUCAGCAGCUCAUGCUCCGUUAGCUGUAUAUGGGGGGCCCUGUCAUGCACCACACCUAUACAACCACAGCAACAGUUCGUGGGUUGUGAAGCAAUGCCGUGCGGAGGUUUCAUCUCGUGAUAUCUCCCAUACGGCCCACCUUCUUUCCAUGGCAGAUGGUAGCCCCUUGGAAGCAGAUACGGCAAUAGAGCUAUUUGAAUCCGCCACGUAUAUUCUAUUAACGAGCAUCAUUCGCUGGGGUGUUGUGGUGGAAUCCAUCACAACCUCAUCGUCACUAUGGGAGAAUGACAUCAAGCUGCAAGUUGACAUGCUCAGACCUUCUCCUGCCGUGGAUGGCUUAGUGUCUGCAAUUCAGAAGAGUCGCCCUGGUUGCACGGCCUGCGUAGUGGACUUUGGGGAGUGGAUAUUUGAUGAUGCUCAGAUUGAUUCACAUGUUGCCCACGAAAGGAUCGCAGUGGUUGGCAUGUCUUGCAGGCUACCUGGAGGGGCGGACGAUUUAGAGUUGUUUUGGGAGCUUCUUACGGAAGGGUGCGAUGUUCACCAGAAAGUCCCAGCAGACCGAUACGAUGUUGAUAGCCAUACAGACGUUACAGGCAAGCGGCCCAAUACCAGUCAUACUCCGUUCGGUUGCUUUGUAGAUCAACCAGGGCUCUUCGACGCCGGUUUCUUCGACAUGUCUCCUCGUGAAGCAGGACAAACCGAUCCCACCCAUCGCCUUGCACUCCUUACGGCCUAUGAAGCCCUUGAACAGUCAGGUUAUGUUCCUGACCGUACUCGAUCUACCAGACGAGAAAGAGUGAGUACGAUUUAUGGUCAGUGCUCUGAUGACUAUCGUGAAUGCAACGCCGGGCAGGAUAUCGAUAUGUAUUUCAUUCCUGGGAACUACCGUGCCUUUGCACCAGGGAGAAUCAGUUACUUUUUUAAAUUUUCAGGACCCAGCUUCAAUGUUGACACUGCAUGCUCGGCGAGUUUAGCUGCUGUUCAAAUUGCUUGCUCGGUACUCUCGCGCCACGAGGCAGAUAUGGUAGUCGCCGGAGGAUUGAAUAUCCUCACAGGGUCCGAUAGUUUUGCGGGUCUUAGCAAAGGCUUCUUUUUGUCUAAAACCGGAAAUUGCCAGGUCUUUGAUGACGCUGCAGAUGGCUAUUGUCGUGCCGAUGGGAUCGGAUCUAUUAUACUCAAGCGGCUGUCCGAUGCCCAGCAAGAUAACGAUAAUAUUCUGGGACUCAUCGCAGGCAGCGCCACUAACCAUUCCUCCAAUGCAAUUUCAAUAACCCAUCCACAUGCUCCUACGCAAGCCAAUCUUUACCGCUCGAUCUUGAUGCAGGCUGGCGUCCGUCCACAAGACGUAGACCUGGUAGAGAUGCAUGGCACCGGCACCCAGGCGGGCGACGCCGCCGAAAUCGAGUCAGUUACAAAGGUGUUCAGUCCAGCUGUGCCUCGACGAUCACAGCCAUUGCGCAUUUCAUCCGUCAAGGCUAAUGUGGGUCACGGAGAGGCGGCAGCCGGCAUUACUGCGCUGAUCAAAGCACUCUUGAUUUUCAAACACAAUGAGAUUCCACCGCAAGUGUGCCACAGAACGACCUUGAAUUCUAGGUUUCCCGACCUUCGACAACUCAAUGUGCAUAUUCCCAGGGAGACCAUUCCCUGGCCACGUUUACCCAGUCGCAAAAGGUAUAUUAUGGUCAACAAUUUCAGCGCGGCUGGGGGAAAUACCAGUCUUCUCUUGGAAGAGCCCCCGGUUAGGCCAAACCCGAAGGAGUGUCCCCAAACGAGAUUCGUUGUUACUGUGUCAGCCAAGAGCACAGUGUCUCUAAUACGAAAUCUGGAAAGACUGCUGGCCUUUCUUGAAAUGCAUACAUUAGUGGAUCUUGCAAGCCUUGCGUACACCACCACUGCGCGUCGUGUGCAUCACAAGUAUCGCAUAGUGGUGCAUGGGAACUCGAUCCAGGAGAUAGUUACAUCCUUUGAACGCCAUUUGACCAUCGCAGAGGCUCAGUGUGCGAUCCAGAAAGCUCCAACCGUCGCCUUUGUCUUCUCGGGCCAAGGUAGCUUUUACCAAGGUGUUGGGCGCCAACUCUUCCAGGAAUACCCACCCUACCGGAAGGAAAUCCAACGGUUAAACGAAAUAUGCACAUUCCACGGCUUUGACUCCAUCCUCCCAGCAAUCACGGGUAAAAGCUCAGAUGUACUUGAGAUUAGUCCAUUCAUGGCACAACUGGUGACAGUAUGUGUGCAGAUCGCCCUAUGCCGCUUAUGGAGAAGCCUUGGAGUGAUGCCGAAUGUUGUUAUAGGCGCGAGCCUCGGCGAAUAUGCUGCACUCUACGCUGUCGGGACCCUAUCAGCCAGUGAUGCUAUCUAUCUCGUCGGGCAGCGGGCCUGGCUGAUGCAGGAAUUGUGUACCAUCAACAGUCACUCGAUGCUGGCCGUCAAGGCGACCGUUGGUGAAAUUCGUCACACUGUGCGGGACAACGCAUAUGAAAUUGCAUGUAUCAAUGGGCCUAGAGAUGUGACCCUCGCCGCUUCUGUCGAAAAUAUUAGUGACAUCCAACAGACUUUGGUAUCGCAAGGAUACCGAGUCGCCAAGUUGAAUGUGCCCUUUGCGUUCCACUCUUCACAGAUCGAGCCCAUCCUGGAACCAUAUAGUAAGAUUGCCCAGUCGGUCAUCUUCCGAAAUCUAAAAACAGCACUCAUAUCUCCUCUAUUGGGUGACGUUGUAUAUGACAGCAAAGCAUUUCCACCAUCAUAUCUGCGUGAUAGCACGAGGGGCACUGUGCGGUUCGCUGAUGCAAUUGCAAAAGCUCAGGAGAUGGGGCUAGUGGACUCCAAGACUGUCUGGGUCGAGAUUGGUGUGCAUCCAAGUUACACCGGUGCUAUGCACGCAAACAUUCCGAACCUUGAGGUGAUGGUACCCAGCUUGAGAUCUGACGAAAGCAAUUGGCAUACAUUGGCUGUCAGUAUGUCAGCCUUGCAUGGGGCAGGCGUUCAUCUUGACUGGAACACCUGGUAUCAGCCCUUUGAGUCAGAACUACGCCUGCUGAAUCUACCUCCGUACCAAUGGAAUCUAAAGAACCAUUGGAUUCAACAUAACGGGGAUUGGCUAUUGCUGAAAGAUAAACGUUCUAAAACAGGACAUAAGAGCUUUCCAGCUCCCGCUCCCCCAUCCUUGCGCACCGCCCUCGUGCAACAGAUCAUGGAGGAAUCAAUGGGGAAAGAUGGUGGAACCAUCGUCAUCCAGUCAGAUGUGACUGACGCUGAUUUCUUCGCCGUUGCUUCGGGACACAAAAUGAGUGGUCGACCACUCGUCUCGGUGUUCGCUUACACCGAUAUCGCUCUGACCAUGGCGAGGUAUAUGUGCUCCAGGCUAAAGCCAGGAAUCCAGCUCUCGGCCAUGGACUUCGGUAAAGUCCGGGUCUUCCAGGGCCUAAUUCCCCGGAAGGAUAGGUCUAAGUCCCAGUACGUGCGAAUGCGCAUGCAAGCAGAUCCCAUGUGCUCUUCCAUGCCGCUGUCAUUGCAUCGAGUCCUCGACGAUGAAUCAAGUGAGGAUGAGCUAGCCACUGGUGUCGUGACGUGCGGAGAUCCACGAUCAUGGCGAGACGAAUGGGCCGCUUACUCUCACCUACUGACAAGCCGUAUUGAAGCGCUGCAUCAGCUAGCAGACCAAGGGCUAGCAAGCCGCGUGUCAAAGGAUUUGGUGUACACACUCUUUAAGAACGUUGUUGACUACGCCGAGCAUUACCGUGGUAUCCAAUCGGUUGUCAUGUACGGCCUAGAAGCAGUUGCGGAUGUCAUUCUGUCACCCAGUCAAGAUAGCCGGUGGACAGCACCUCCUCAUCACAUCGACCCCAUUACACAUGUCGGGGGUCUCAUUCUGAACGCUGGACCAGCCAUGGACCACACCAACACAAUUUAUGUCAUGGAAGGUUGGGAAUCCAUGCGGUUCUCUGACCCUCCGGUGGCCGGAGAGCUGUAUCGAUCUUACGUUAAGAUGAAUCCUACCAGCGAUGAUUCCGGGUGUUUUUCCGGUGACGUAUAUAUCUUGUAUGGGGACCGUGUGAUUGGAAAGGUGCACGAGAUGAUGCUUCGUCCAUUACCUCGCAUUCUCAUGAGUCGUUUUUUUGACCCCCCAGACGGCCAGUAUGGGCAAACGGCUCUGCAAGGACCCUCCUCUUCAGUAUCUUCAAUAUCGCAACAAACAAGUUCAGCCACGACUACAGAGUCCACUCAGUCACAGCAAGAUGAUUCAGAAAAGACGUCGCUCGUUACGCCUGAGAACGAAACCAAGCCUCCAAUCUCGGCAUCCUGGCCUAACACCAGCGGCCAGCUUGUCCGUGACGCUAUAGCUCUAAUCGCGUCCGAAACUGGGGUAGGGUCGGACGCCCUGACGGAUGAAACUGAAUUUUCUGCGGUUGGGGUCGAUUCUCUUCUUUCGCUAGUGUUGGUGGAGAAGUUUUCUCUUGAGCUAAACGUUGAUUUGCAAGGUUCUUUUUUCCUGGAAACUCCAACCGUUGGUGAUCUGAAAGCCUAUCUCGAGGCUAACCAGAUGACUAUGCGCUGAGAUGCGUUUUCAGUGAAGCUUGGUUUAUGUAAGGUAACUCUGAUAUGGUUAAGUUGUAGUUAGUUUACAUAUGCUUACAAGGCAGAUCACUAACAAUUAUUAUGUUGACGAAAAAUUAAGGCAUGAGCCCGAUCGUCGUCUUGAAAAUUCUCCUUUCUCUCAGUAAAUAAAUCUCACCCCUGGUAUCCUACUGAUCAGUUUGCCUAGUCCUCUUGUAAAAGAGCUCCAAACGCUAUGAACAUUAUCCAGAUAGCAAUCAGCUGUUGGGACGAUGUUGAAGAGCUUGGCCUUAUAACGUAUGAAGAACUAAGUACCAGGCCACUUUGGACCUUAAAACCAAAAUAUAUAUUCAGGCAGCAGAACAUGUCACAUUUGUGGUAAACUGGUGGGAGUUGGAAAACUCUCGGCAGGUAUGAUGGUUAUUUUCUUUCUCAAGGCGUUCAGGGCGAGAGCAAUACAGAUCCUACUCGCAAG